AUGGAUCCCGCGUCAAUUGUUGGCCUUGUGGCUAGCAUCCUUAGUAUCAUCCAUCUUGUCACUAAGCUUGUCGAGGUGAGUAAGACAUACAUUGAGAGGGCCAGAACCCCUCGAUAUCUUCGGACCAUCAAGGAUGCACUCGAAUCCUUCACCAAGGCACUCGAAGGCUUCAAAACAGCGCUUGAGAACUUGAAGGACUUUGCGGGUAGGAACCCGAAGUCCAAGGCGUUUUCGCUACUCCAUAACUCGCAUGGGCCAUUCCUGGGGUGUGGGAAGGCAUUGGAGAGGACCAUGAAUAGACUUAAGCCUGCCCAUGGGUUGAAGGCGAUCUUCAGGAAGCCGAAAUGGCCGAUUUCGCAGGAGGAAACCUUCCAGCUCACUAGGUGGAUAGAGAAGCAGACGAGAGUAUUCCAGGCUGCUGUGAAGCCGGAUAUGACGUUCUUGCAAAGGAUUGCGUAUGAAACAAACCUUGCGAUACGAAGCAUUCAACGGGGAGCGGAAAACAUAUCGAGGGGAAUCGAGACGGGGGCCCAUGCGACUGAACUUGCUAUUCAGCAGGCGGGAGACAUCUUGCACAUAUCGAGAGAUAAGAAGGGCAUUCAAGAGUUAUGUCAGGAGGUCGAUGGAGAAUCGAACCUUAGCCUUGUCCUUCGAUGGCUUUACCCAGAUAAAUUUGACGAAAAACAACAAUAA